AUGACUGCACAAUCGUUGGUUCGAGAUUGUCCCAGUCCCAACCAAGCCUUUCAUCCUUCCGAGGUCGAUAAACCUCAGAGAUUAUUAUUAUUAUUAUUAUUAUUAUUAUUAUUAUUAUUAUUAUUAUUAUUAUUAUUAUUAUUAUUAUUAUUAUUAUUAUUAUUAUUAUUAUUAUUAUUAUUAUUAUUAUUAUUAUUAUUAUUAUUAUUAUUAUUAUUAUUAUUAUUAUUAUUAUUAUUAUUUUAUUAUUAUUAUUAUUAUUAUUAUUAUUAUUAUUAUUAUUAUUAUUAUUAUUAUUAUUAUUAUUAUUAUUAUUAUUAUUAUUAUUAUUAUUAUUAUUAUUAUUAUUAUUAUUAUUAUUAUUAUUAUUAUUAUUAUUAUUAUUAUUAUUAUUAUUAUUAUUAUUAUUAUUUUAUUAUUAUUAUUAUUAUUAUUAUUAUUAUUAUUAUUAUUUUAUUAUUAUUAUUAUUAUUAUUAUUAUUAUUAUUAUUAUUAUUAUUAUUAUUAUUAUUAUUAUUAUUAUUAUUAUUAUUAUUAUUAUUAUUAUUAUUAUUAUUAUUAUUAUUAUUAUUAUUAUUAUUAUUAUUAUUAUUAUUAUUAUUAUUAUUAUUAUUAUUAUUAUUAUUAUUAUUAUUAUUAUUUUAUUAUUUUAUUAUUUUAUUAUUAUUAUUAUUAUUAUUAUUAUUAUUAUUAUUAUUAUUAUUAUUAUUAUUAUGCAAAUUUGCAACAGGGUCGGAUUUCUACAGUCGCUCUAGAACGUAUUGUGUGGACCUUACGCGUUACGUUCUCGGCGACAAUGGGCAGUGGUUCCCUACUACCCUGCAUCCACAAAUCGAUGAUGAGAUGGGAUUAAUCAAUAAGGUCACAUUGCCGAUAAGCUAG